ACAAACGGAGCCCUAAACCCACACCCGAAUGGUGCCCAUUGAGAUACGAGAGUGAUUGAGCGAAGUAAUGAAUCCAGUAACCCAACACCACGGAGUUUUAAUCCUUCAAUUCAACUCGCUCAACUCAUGUAGCUCGGUGAAAAUCCAGCCUCGAGCAAUCGUCGAAUUUGUUUGAAAACUGCAACUCAACGUGUAAAUUGUUCGUCGAAUUCAUCGCUGAAUCCCUAAUUUGUUCGACGGAGUUUGUUAAUGGUGGAUUCCAGAAUCGAGAAAAAAUGAGCAUAAAAUGUAGGGUUUGGUGGCCAAAAGAGCUUUCAACUUCCGAUUUCCCAAAAUCAUCAAGAAAUUUAUUGUUAUUUGGUUGGUUAAUCUCGUGUUCUUCAUCUUGCGUUGAUAUUGUUGUGGCUUUCGCUUAUUCCGAUAAUUUUCUCCCUCUUCACUCCUCUGAUUCUGCUAUCCAGGAGGCAAUUCAUCAUGCAAAUGGGGGAAUGCCCACCACAUUACAGGAGAAAUCCGGUUUGAUUGUCUUGGGUUGCUGUGUGCUGCCAUCUGAGAAUAUGGAUCCCAUCACUGAUCACAAUAUGCACUCCAAAGAUUGUGAAGCAAAUUUUAGAAAUUCAAGCUGUGGAUGUCUUGAUUAUGUCGGGUUACUAGAGCAAUACAGGCGUGGUUCUGUUUGCAGCUCAACUUGGAUCCAGCUUGUGCACGUUGCUCACAGUUAUUCUUCCUCUGAACUAGGUUGGAUUCCUGCAUUAGAUCAUCUGCAUUUGAAUGGGAAACCAUCUCCUCAGGCUGAACUCCACGUUAUGAUUUAUGAGACUCCGGAGUAUGGAAGUCAUCAUUUCGCCUUAAACUUUUGUAGUUCCAAACUUACAAAUUGUCCGCCUAAAAGCCCGAAGUGGGUUGAUAAACUCUAUCAAAAGCAUCAGCUUCUAGACUUGGACACAGUUAUUCUAGCUAUUAAUUGUUCUGCUGCUGCAAAUAUAUACUUCCGCAACGAUAUGGAUCUCCAAAGUUCUUCCCGGAAAGUAGUGUUAUACAUGUUUCUCAAGUUUAUUUGGAGGCUAUGGGCGACUGUCGUGGCCACCUUUUCCACAAUACUAUAUGUAGUUCUUCAGUCAUUCAAGAAGUUUACAGGAUCUGCGUCAAAUUUCUGGAUAUUCACUGCAUUAGCAAAAAUUUUCUGUAACACAUGGAGAAAUACACAAGUUAAAUGUCACCAGAUCCUGUAUUGGCCUAUAUACCUUAAUGAAACUGGCCUAAGGUGUCAAGCAUGUGUUGAAUAUGCGGAGAAAGCUGGAUUACGAAGGCAUUCCUUUUGGUCUUCUGCAGUUGCUGAUGUCUUUUUGGGAAACUUGGUUGGAUUUACUUUGUUAAUCCAUGAAGAAGCUGUCCUGAAAUGGUUUUCAACUUGUGCCAUUCAGUAUACUGAUGAUGUUUUACGUACGGGUUGUGUAUGGUUGAUGGGAGUGCCUGCUGGUUUCAAGCUAAACACAGAGCUUGCUGGAGUUUUUGGCAUCAUUUCUCUUAACGCUAUCCAGAUAUGGAGUACCAUCUGGUUUUCCGCUACAGACAUCUUUGCUAAUGUUAUUAUCAAGCUUGUUGCUUUGUCGGGGAUUCUUCUUGGCAUGACUAUCCCAGUGGCAAUGAUCACAGAUAUGAUUGCUAUAGCUGCAUUCCAUGUUUACACUCUUCAUUAUUUGAUAUCUCUCUUGUAUUCCCUUCAGAUUCAGAUAUUGGCAGCUUUAUGGCGCCUCUUCAGAGGUCGUAAGUGGAAUCCUCUUCGUCAGAGGUUAGAUAGCUACGAAUACAGUGUAGAGCAACAUGUUGUUGGUUCCCUGCUCUUCACUCCACUUUUGCUACUUCUGCCAACUACCUCUGUCUUCUAUAUAUUUUUGUCCAUCAUGAAUUUGACAAUUAUCUUCUCCCUGACACUGGUAGAGAUCAUUAUCUCUAUUAUUCACGACACACCUUAUAGUAAAGUCCUUCUCUGGUUGACGAGAUCGAAGAGAUUCCCUUCAGGAAUCUGGUUCGAAACUAUUCACUGCCAGAGUGCUUCCUCUGUUGAUGGGUUUCUUUCCGGAUCUCCUCCGUCGUGCAAGAGUACGCCUCAAGACAAGUAUAUGAUUCUCAGGAAGUCUAGGCCUCUGCUUUCACUUCUCCGCAGCAAUACUUUGACUUUUGGGCAAGUGGUCUUCCCUCACUACAAGAAUAUCUGCUCUGGAGUUCAUGGACAAACUCUUCGCUCUGAAAUAUCUGGGAUCCUCAUGGGUAAAAGUAUUUCAACUAAGCUGUGCUCUGAAGUUCCCCCAGAAGUGCCUUGGAUGUCUAUAUCUUACAAAGAUUAUUGGUACGUUUGCUACAACGCAGUUUUUACCCGCAUGCAAUGAAUGUUCUUGUGAUAAUUCAGUUGCAACCGUAAAGUUGGGAUCAUGUAGCACCACAAUGCUGAUCAUAUCCGUAGUCCUCUCUGACCAGCAACUCUCCCCAUCGGAAUUCUUUCUGUGCCGAUGACAUUGGUGCUAUUGUUUUGGUAGGAGAUUUAUGAAAUAUGUUUACAAAAGGGAUUUUGGUGCAAUUUUGUCACCAGAAAUUAAAGUGAAAUUCUGAUGUUAACUAGUUAAAUUUUUUCUGGUCCCAAUUUUUGUUACCUAGUUACAAUUAUCAAUCUUUACUGGCCUUGUCGGAACUGGGAUUUCUGGACCAAAAAGAGGAUAGCUGAUAAAAUAUAUUAUUGAUGGGGAAAUAUAAUGUUGUAUGUUUUGUUGUA